GAAUCUUGCUGGAGAAAUUUCACAAGAGUUUGCCAAGCGUCAGUACGAUGACCUGCCCAUAGAUGCGCUUAUGGAGCUUGUACAACAAAUUGUUGCUUUCCACAUGAAGCACAACGCUGAACCAGAAGCUGUGGAUCUUCUGAUGGAGGUUGAAGACCUCGAUCUAUUGGUUGAACAUGUUGACUCCACUAAUUACAAGAGAACAUGCUUGUACCUUACUAGUUCUUCCAGCUACCUCCCAAGCCCAGAUGACAUUUUGGCCCUUGAUAUAGCAUAUACAAUUUAUAUGAAGUUUGAAGAUCUUGCGAGCUCUCUUCGGAUCGCUCUUCUCCUGGAUAACAUUCAGUACGUCAAGCAAAUAUUUACAUCUACAAAUGACCCCUUAUUGAAGAAGCAAUUCUCUUACAUUUGUGCGCAUCAUGGUAUUGCACUGGAGCUCGAUGAAGAAUGGGUUCCAGAUGAAGAAGAAAGAGAGCUAUUCUCCCUUGGGUCUUACCUUAUAUUACCACUAUUUUUCCUUAUGCAACCCAUUACCACUUGGUUCUUCUUUGUGAAUUACUCUUUGCAGGCAUUGGCCCUUCUAGGUGAUUUCAUUGAAAAAGAUGAUACAAUUAUCAGAAUUGGGGCAAUUUUGGGCCUGGGGAUUGCAUAUGCUGGGACAAACAAAGAUGAAUUGAGAGUUCGCCUUACUGCCAUUCUGGGAGAUUCAAAGUCACCUCUUGAGGUCCUUGUAUUUUCUGCGAUCACUCUGGGGCUCGUUCAUGUUGGUUCCUGCAAUGAAUAUAUUGCUCAAACAAUCAUUUUGGCAAUAAUGGAGCGUAGUGAAUCUGAAUUGAGUGAACCCCUUACCCGUCUCCUUCCUGUAGCUCUUGGUCUUCUAUACCUUGGCAAGCAG